UACACAUGCGUACUCGUUAACAAUACUAACAAGCGAUUAAAGAGUAAAAAAAGACUAAGCCAGGUGAUGAAAUACUUCGCCGCAUCGCACCUCCACUAAGCUGCAGCUGGAUUUUAAGACCAGAUUGCUUCCCAUUACGAUAAAUCGCGAAUUUGGCGCGAAAUGAAGGGUGCUAGAACAGGAACAGGAAGCGUGGAUCUGGAUGCAGACCCUUCAGAAAAUACACAACGUUGGGCGAGGUUUGUAGCCACAUGCUUGAUUGGAGGGCUAGUGAUCGGGAUAUCGGUACUGGGCUUACAUUUCGGGGCUCCUCAUCAGCCGUCGCUAAGGAUAUGGAGGAGAAAGAAGAAGCCCGUUCGCGUAUACAUGGAUGGUUGUUUCGACAUGAUGCACUACGGCCAUUGCAACGCCCUCCGUCAGGCUAGAGCCCUUGGGGACCAAUUGGUCGUUGGCGUCGUUAGCGAUUCUGAAAUAACUGCCAACAAAGGCCCUCCUGUUACUCCUCUUAACGAAAGGAUGAUUAUGGUCAACGCCGUUAAAUGGGUUGAUGAGGUUAUUCCAAACGCGCCCUAUGCCAUAACUGAAGAUUUUAUGAGAAAGCUAUUUGAUGAGUACAAGAUAGAUUAUAUCAUUCAUGGUGAUGACCCUUGUGUUCUACCUGACGGAACUGAUGCUUAUGCACUAGCUAAGAAGGCAGGUCGUUACAAGCAGAUCAAGCGUACAGAAGGAGUUUCAAGCACGGAUAUUGUAGGUCGCAUGCUUCUCUGUGUAAGAGAGAGAUCUAUUAGUGAUAAUCAAAAUCAUUCAUCGUUGCAAAGACAAUUCAGUCAUGGUCACAGCCAAAAAUUUGACGACGGUGGUUCUGGAACUGGAACUCGUGUCUCUCAUUUCUUACCAACUUCUCGUAGAAUUGUUCAAUUUUCCAAUGGGAAGGGUCCAGGGCCAGAUGCUCGCAUCAUUUAUAUUGAUGGUGCAUUUGAUCUUUUUCAUGCUGGACACGUGGAGAGUUGCCAAGAUAUUUUCGGAAGAAGGCAUCUGACUGAAAAGCUACGGUGGUCGGGAGUUCCACCUUCAAAGCUCUCCUGUGGCAUAUACAGAAGGAGAGGAAUGUUAGAACUUUUGAUGAUAAGUUGUCAUCUUUUGGUUCCUUUUUUAAUUUACUUCAGAACAUGUCAUCUUGGUGGAUAUCUAUCGAUUUUGAAGCAUGCCCGCAGUAUGGGAGACUUCCUUCUGGUCGGAAUACAUACUGAUCUAACUGUCAGUGCCAACAGAGGAGCUCAUCGCCCAAUAAUGAAUCUGCAUGAGAGAAGUUUGAGUGUCUUGGCAUGUCGUUAUGUGGAUGAGGUGAUAAUCGGUGCACCUUGGGAAGUGUCUAAAGAUAUGAUUACAACUUUUAACAUUUCAUUGGUAGUCCAUGGAACUGUAGCCGAAGUUAAUGAUUUUCAGAAGAGGGACUGCAAUCCAUAUGCUGUCCCUAUUAAUAUGGGGAUCUUCAAAAUUUUAGACAGCCCGCUAGAUAUCACAACCACCACUAUUAUUAGGAGGAUCGUAUCCAAUCAUGAGGCAUACCAGAUGGUUACUAUACGGGUGACACCCCCUUCCGAAGCUCCCUCACUCUCUAGCUUCAAAAGAGGGUGCGAGGGCUAGCAAACAUUGCCAUACUUUGACAACACUUACCAACCAAGCAAACUAACACAGCUGCCUUACAACCAACAAUGCAUGCUAAUUAAACCCAUCAUAAGCUAAAUGCUUAUUACACUUAAAACUAAUUUUAUUACAGACGCACAAUGAAAAUAUAAACUGUACUAUCUAGGUUCAUGACACUAAUACUAAAUGCAGACGUAUGCUAACUAUAAAGAAAAUAACCUCAGUUCACCUAUAGAAGCUGUAGAGUAGGCUCGACAUGGUGAUCAAUACAUGGAAAGUGAGAGAACAUUUUGAAAGGAUGAGUUGAAAAACUCGGUGAGUAACCAUUUUGUAAACAUGCUUUUCUAAAUAGUUACAUUCAAUGCUUUAAGCUUUGAAA